UUACUAAAUCAAUCCAACCCGAUACCAUUAACACCAGCUAGGGUUAGUAGCAGCUCCACCAUUUUUAUCAUCGUCGUCGGAGCGGCUGGAAAUCGGCCGAUCGAUCGAUGUCGAUCCUGUGGGAGAAGAGCGAGACAUGGCGGUGGAUGGUGCGGAAAACGCGCGAUUCAAAACGAUUUUUCUUUGCCUUCGCGACGGUGUGCGGCGUCAUCCCUGCUGUCAUCGGCUACGGAGUUAUGCAGCUUACCAAUUCUCGAAACGAGCAGCUAGAAGCGCAACUCAGGAAGACUGCUCGUCCCGAAUCGUUGAUGAUGGGGCAAAUAAAUCGUGAAAGAUUGGCAGAAUUUCUUGGCGAGCUUCAGCGCAAAGAGGACACCAAUGAUAGGUAUGUAGCAGCUCUGAGGGGAGAGACGUUGACUAGAAAACCCUAUCAGAGAAUCCAACCUGUUCCCAAUCCGACAGCAGAAGAUGCUACCAAAGAAACAAAAUAAUCAAAGCUUUUGACUGAUCAGAAAUCCUUAAUUUGUUCGCUGGAGAGCAUCUUCGUAAUGUAAUUGUUGAAAUAAUCACUUUGAAUUCUGUGUUAGUCAGCUUUCUCUGUUGCUAUUGCUUGCUGAAAAUAGUUUAUCUGGUUGCUAAUAUUUGUAGAAAUAUUUUUGACAUGUUUUGGUAACAUUUUUUUAUUUUAUUUUUUUUU